CAUAGUCGGAUUCGGAUAUCCAGGACAGAAAAGCAAACGAAAAUCGAAUUAGUUCUUACGUGACAUUUGUUCCGAGAAGAAGAAUAAAAGUUAAGUUGAUAAGUUCCAAAAAAAAACACAAAAAUUUCAUAUAAAAGAAAAACAAGAGUGCCUCGUAAUGGUUCAUAAAGCAAACAAUAACAACAACAAUUGCAAUGAGGAUUCCGAAAAUUGUAAUCCCAACAAAAUUAAUCCCAAUGCCCAGUUAAAUAAUGAUGACCAAGACAUAGACCAAAAACAAGAACCAGACCAAGACCAACAUCAAAAAGACCUCCCACCACCCUCACUACCACCCAACAGUACUUACUGCAAUCGAAGGACUUGGAUAUCAGUGGAACGAAUGAACAGUCUAAGGAAGUUGGCCCAAGAAGCUGUCCACUCCAAUAAGACCUUCACCAUUCGAGGGUGUUUCAACUCGGUCCGAAAUGCCCUCACGUCUCGGGGAUGGGUCGAGAAGUUGGAUGUGCACAGGAAGCACAUACCAUCUGGAACGUGUCAAGUGACCUACGAGGACAUCGCCCAAAACUUGCCCAAACGUAAAUUCACCGAAUCCCGUCGUCAAUAUAUCCUCAAGUGCGAACGUAGUAUUCUCUCAAGAUUCCUUGAGCACGUACCCAUUGACUUCCUUUGGACGGCCCGCAAAGAAAAAUGUGACUACAUCGACUUGGCCAAGAAUCCCCUAAUGAUGAUAAAUAAAAUUCAACGAGUUCCCUUCACCUCCAAGGAGGGCUUGUGCAGCAAUUUGAAGGAUUUCCAUUGGUUCUACGAGGAGGGCAUAUCGGAGCUCUUCUUUCCGCGCUGCUUCAAUGCCUGGAGCCCUGAGGAGCUGGCCGAGUUUAUAGACAAUUUCAAAAUUACAGCCUGCAUUUCCUUCAUCAAAUGGAUGGUCGAUAGUUUCACAGAAACUGGCUACGAUGCUGUGUUCUCGUCAGCGGGCAAAGUUCCAUUCAAUGCAAUUGAAUUCGCAUUCAAACGAUGCAAUGAAUAUGUGGAUGCGUGCAAUCACCACGACAUCGAUUUGGAAGAACCCCCACACGUGUGGGAGCAUGAUUGGGAUGCUUUCUUGACCCAACAGCAUUCGCUGGCCAACCGGAAUGCACGUAUCCUUGCCGAUCCGCAGCGGCUGGUCGAGAAUCUCAUCAAAACGGGCUGCUCCAUUUUGGAGAACGUCAAGAGGAACUGGCCACAAUAUUGUUUGGAUGGCUAUCAGAAUAUUUGGAUUAUUAAGCCAGCUAACAAGUGCCGGGGCAGGGGUAUUCAGUUGAUGGACAAUUUGAAAAAAAUCAUGGCAAUCAUUAAUCCAUCGGUGGCCUCGAAGAGUAGAUUCGUUAUACAAAAAUAUAUUGAAAGACCUCUCAUCAUCCACAACACAAAAUUUGACAUACGCCAAUGGUUUCUCAUCACCAAUGUUCAGCCUCUCGUUCUUUGGAUGUACAAAGAAAGUUACAUUCGAUUCAGUUCCCAAGAAUACAGCCUCAGUAAUCAUCAUGAAUCAGUUCAUCUAACAAAUCAUGCAAUUCAAAAGAAAUACACAAAUGGCAAGCGGGAUAAGCGUCUACCGACGGAAAAUAUGUGGGAUUGCUACUCAUUUCAAGCUUACCUCCGUCAAAUUGGAAAACAUGAGAUGUGGGCAGAACGAAUUUAUCCUGGAAUGCGAAAGGCUAUAAUCGGGACAGCCCUAGCCUCGCAGGACAACAUUGAACGUCGACAGAAUACGUUUGAAUUAUUUGGAGCUGAUUUUAUGGUUUGUGAGAAUUUCUAUCCGUGGCUUAUUGAAGUCAAUGCAAGUCCAGAUUUUGGGGCGACAACGAGUGUUACGGCGAGAAUGUGUCCACAGUGUCUGGAGGACGUAGUAAGAGUGGUAGUCGACCGGAAAAAUAUGCCUAAGGCUGACACUGGGAACUUUGAACUUAUCUAUCGACAAAUAAUUCCGCCGUCACCCGCUUACAUGGGACUUAAUCUGUCGAUAAAAGGAAAACAACUUCUUCCAAAAACAGCUUAUCAACAACAACGGGUCCGCAGAGAACGAGCAGCUACUACCAUACAAUACCGCCGUAUCUUACAAUCAAAUCCUCAAGUCAAUUCCUUAAGUGUUCCCGUGACGAAUAUGAAGGAAAUGCCAACAUUCAAUGCAACUGAAAAUCUUGAAAGGGUCCUCCAGACUCGAGCUUCGAAGAGAAUCGAAGCAAUCCUCGGUAUAAGCCCUAGGGACAAAGAUAAACUAUCUAUUCUCAAAGAUCAGAUCUUGUUCAGUUCAAAAAAUACCAGUCCGCGCAAGCAGCAUCAAGCUCAAAAUCACAUCGAAGCUUAUAGACUUGCCCUUAAGUCAGGACCCGCUGCUUCAGUGCAAUCCCCCCUGACACCAAAGAAACGCCUCAGUGUUCGAAAAAGCUGUGAUCCCCGAGGACAAAUUGAAAGCCAGGUCUUUGAUCCAAAAAGUUGUUACAGCCUUCUGACCUCACCGAAAAUUGGUGGUGUUAAUCAGCUCAAGAACAAUAUUACAAAUUUACUGAAUAAAUCAGAGACACAGGGUAAAUCGCGAAGAGGAUCGGCGAAGUCUUUGAAGAAACAUCGAUUUUUGAGCACUCAAAGCGUUGUGGCUAAGAAGCAGCAAGUGGCCGCUAGAAAUUCGAAUUCGAAAAAAAGGAAAACUUCCUUAGAGUUACCACCUUCGGAUGUCAAAUCAUUCCAUGCUGUUGGGAAGGGGUUUUUAGCUUGGAAGUCGAAGCAUCAUACCAUAAAUCGAAGUGCACCGUUGAUAGUUUUGAAGAAAGACGAUAAAGUCAGCAGAAGAUUACCAGGUCAUCAAAACUGUCCUAAUACAUGAUAAUGGUUUUUCUUGAGUUGAUAGUUAGUCUUUAAAUAACUUAAUUACUGUUAGCUUAUUGUUACUUUGUUAAGUUUGAGAUAAAUUUUGUUAAAAUUUUAA